AUGAGGUAUCGAUAAUAGUUAAUGCAUGUUUCAAUAAUAACGAAGCCGAUUUAGCUUGGAAAAUAAUGAAUGAAAAAACUUCAAAAUACCAUCUACGUCAAGAUAUUUAUGGGAAUAUGUAAAUCCUGUUCACAGCUAUUACAAACAACUAACAUUAAUAAAGAGGAAUUUAAACAGCUGUCACAAUCAUUUAUGCAAAAUGCCAUCAUUGGAAAGAAUAUACUUUAUGCAUCGUCGCCACAAGAAUUAAAACGAUAUAUGAUCUUCAUUAAUUCCAUGAAACCUUACAAUCUAGUUAUCGAUGGAUUAAACGUGGCUUAUGCAAUGCGUACUAAGACAGAGGCAGGCUCAUUGAAGCCUAUCUUGGAUAUCGUUGAGGAAUUUCAUAAAAAGGGACAAAGAGUUCUUGUCAUUGGUCGAAUACAUAUGUUGUGGUGGUCAAAGAAAACUAUGAAGCUUAUCCAAGAAAAAGCAGAUACUUUUUUUACAAAAAAUAUAUCCGAAGAUGAUCCUUUCUUGUUACACGUAACUCUUAUGAGUGGUCCUCAAACAUAUUUCAUAUCUCGUGAUUUGAUGAGAAAUCUCAAGUACAAACUUAUUGAUCCACAUUUGAAAAAUGUAUUUAAGACUUGGCAAUUGUCUCGACAAUACUUAUACAAAAUAAAUAAACAUAAAAAAACUGUUGAACUUAUAGAACCUAUUAGCUUUGAAAUGAAGACACAGAAGUCUGAAGAAGGUUGGCACAUACCUUUUACGUGUGAUACAAAGCUAAUACUUCCAGAUUCGUAUUCGCUACCAGAAAAAUGGAUUUGCUUGAAAAAUAAGAAAUGAUUUCGAACUAUAGCAAAUUCGUUUGUAUUUCUUUUGUUUAAUAAUAAGCAUUCAUAUAAAAAAAAAUACUU